UGAUCACUGGUUUGCUUCUUUCCAGAACACUAAAAUGCUGCCACCUGCCAAACGGUUCAAAAUGGAGAACCGCUGUGGAGACACGAAUGGCUUCCAGAUCAGCAUGAACGGUCUUCAGAAGACACAGACGGAUGAGAACUGCAAAAAAGAGGACACUGCUGCGCCGGUUUCCACCACAGCACCACUGAAGGAGCCCCAGUCUCAGCCGCCUCCCGCAGUGCAGCCCAUGGAAACUGAGAGCAGCAGCAGCGGUCAGAAGAACCCGCUGGUGCUGCCCGGGCUGAUGGCCGAUUCUUCGGGCGGUGAGCUAUCGGAGCUCUCCCAGGACGAGGGUGUCUGGGUUGCUGUCGUGGAUGUUGCCCAGCAGAUGCAGGAGCUGGAGCAGGCGCUGGAACGCUCGGAGCCCACAAAGGCCACCCAGAGCCAGGGCGCCAAGGAGACCCAGCAGGAGGGUGGUGGUGGUGGUGGUGGUGGUGGUGUGCGACAGGCUCAGGAACAGGCCUCACCCCAGGUGCAGCAACCCCCGCCGCCACUGUCCUCACAGGGAACGGUGACCACCAAUGUCGUCACUAGCACAGCCUCCACUACACGCGCGACAGUGACCGCUCAGGGUGGCACCGGCGCUACAGAGAAUGUACAGGCUCUGCCAGCCACUGAGACGGCUGGCACCCAAAAAGGAGGCAGCGUAGAUGCAUCUGUUGCUGGAGUACAGGACCGCUGAGUUGACCACACACGGGUGCAUAAGUUACAUGCAGUCAUACCAGAUCCCAUCCCUAUGCCAUUUGACCUAAUGUGUCUGAGGAUUUCAAGCAAGCGGGACUUACCCCCCUCCCUCCCACUUCUCCUGUGGCAAAUCAGCCGUCCUUCCAAGUGCAAAUCGCAUUUUCCAAAAGAAUACAGUUCUGUUCGCUUUCAGUUUAGACCAGUUCAGUAUAGAUUGAUUUAAGCUCCAGAGAUCUUUGAAGAUGAAUGUUUCACGAGGUACACCAGCAAAUAUAAACUCAGUGUUGAUUGAUUGGUUACAGAUAAUCUUUUUUUUGCAUAUUCAAGGGAAACAUUAAACUGUGAAAUGGUUAUUAAUUGUACAAUUACCCCUCUAGAAAAAAAUACACAUUUCUCAGACUUUCAUCAUUAAAAAAAAGAGAUAUGCAGGAGUUAUGGGAAUCGAAGUUUGAAGUGGGAUUGUUCCGUUUGGACACGAGUUGCACAAGAAGCCUCCAGAUACAAUGGGGUGGGGAGGAAAAAUAAAUAAAUAAAUCAAAUGAAUCCUUUGAAA